AUGAAGGAGUUGGAGCAGGAGAAUAAGGAAUUGAAGGGAAAGAUUGAAGAACUCAAGGGGGAGUUGAGUGAGGAGCGAAAACGGAAUCUCACAGUGUGUAGAUCAAAAAUUCAAGUGAAGUUCGAUGAACUCUCUUACUACAUGAAACAGUUGGAGCUCUACCAGGAAAUUGAGAACCGUGAUGAAAAGUUGCGAGAGAAGGAUAAGGAGAUUGAGAAUUGGCAACUUGAUGUGAUUGACUUGAAGCGGAAAAUUCAGAAACCAAGCAGUCUUGUCAAGCAGAACACUCAACUGGUUGAAGAAAUCGAGGAAGCGAAGAAGACUAUUCAGAAAUUGGAGCAGGAAGCUAUACUCUCUGCACAGAAAGUUCCAGAUUUUCCAACUGAUUCCACUGCUACAGAAGAUUCUUCUUCCGUCUCCAAAGCGGAAUACAACCGGAAGGUUUACGAGUUGGAGUACGCCAAUGAGCAGAUAGCAAUGAUUUUGGGGGAUCAAGAAGACAAAAAGAAAAGGGAGGAUGAUGAUGAGAAAAAGAUGUUGAGAGGGCAGAUUGAGGAGUUGAAUGAGACCAUUCGGUUGAUGUCGCAGUGGUGA